GCUAGUCCUAUGUUCAAGGACCGCAGAAAACUGGCAAGUCUGGCUGAUCCAAGGCUACAAGGUCGAUAUCCCAUGCGUGGUCUCUAUCAAGCUCUUGCAGUGGCAUCCAUGUGCAUCCAAGAAGAAGCUGCCUCCCGUCCCGCUAUUGCAGAUGUGGUCACUGCUCUGUCUUACUUGGCAUCCCAAGCAUAUGAUCCCGGUGCAUCUCCCACAAAUAACAAUAGACCUGGUGGUGAAAGAAGAAAUAAGAAUGCUGAUGAGGGAAGUGGAAGAAAACCAUCUAACAAUAACGGAGAGUCUGACCAUAAUUCGCAAAUGAAUUGUGAAAACACUUUGAAGGAGAAAGCUGCAAACUUGAGAAGGGACUUUGACCGGGAACGAGCUUUGGCAGAGGCCAAGAUGUGGGGGAGGAACUGGCUGGAGAAGACACAAGCUAAAGACAAUGCAGAGGGAAAUUGA